GUGUAUUUCCUACGCUUAAUAUUUUCUUUGAAAAGCAUUAGAUUUAGCAAAAUUAUAGAUGUCUCUAGAUGAUUUUGGAUCACAGAUUCAGAGCUUCAUCGUUAGGUUAAUUGAGGAAGAUCUAUGGUUUAAUGAAGACGCCAUCGCUUGUACUGAAGAUGAAAGUAUGGACUAUUUAAGGAAAGAAGUAUUUCCUACAUUGAUUCCUGCAUUGCAUGCAUUGCUUAGCAAAGUGCAAAAGACAAACGGUGACGCGUUUAACCAGUGUGCUGGAGAUGCCAGUCCAUGCACCUGGAUUGCGCAUUAUCUGCUUCGGAAUAACAUUUCACAAACUUCAAAAUUAGUAGGUCAUCCAUAUAACGUCAUUAAUACUCGAAGAAUCAACGAAAAAAGACCUUUGUUUACGGUCCGAAAACCCUGA